CGGUGAUUUUGGAGUUCUGUGGAUCUUUGGGGAUUCUAGGUUUGCACUUGCAAGAAGGGUAAUGGAAGGAGCGGAUACAGGCGAGUCGGUAUCAUUCCGGAAUUCCUUCUCGCAAGUUCGUCGGCAACAACAUUGCCGAGAGAUCCAUUGUGUCCUUUUAUCUACUGUAGGGUAACCCUGUUUGCGUUCAGUGGAUUGUGAGACUCCAGUGUUAGUUCGUCACUGUAUUUUUCUAGCGCCAUCAGCACUGUCGGAUACGAAUUUAAUACUUCGGUUAGAGCGACACAUGCACAUUGAAAAAUCGUGCUGCUGUAUGUGCCUAAGUGUAUGUUUUUGUUGAUAUCAAAUUGCGUACAUUGCAUUGCCCCACGAAAAAACACCAGAUAAAAGAUGAUUUGAAACUGACUCGGAUACAUUUAGUCGUCAAAAAAAUAUGAGAAAAAGUUAAUAAUAACAGAAAUAUAAUAAGAAAGCUGCAAAACAAAACUGCCGUUUAUCGGUCUAUAUAUAAUAUACUCUAUGUUCUAGUUCUACAAGAGGAAUUAGACUUUAGAGCCGUAUUAUAGAACAUCAAACUUAAUAUAGUUUUAAAAUUAUUAAAUAAUUAUGAGAUUGUGACUCGAGUUUUGAGAUACGGGCUUAUUAGAUUUUGAUAUUAUUGUUUUGUUUUAUUAUCAAAUUAAUCUAACUGUUACAAGUAAAUGUGUAAAUUACUUAAAAUUUUCAAUAAUGGAAGAAGUGGAUUCGAUUAUUAUACACUUUCUACGUCAGUUAAAUGUUAAUAUCAAUGAGGAUGUAAAAAAUUUAUGUGAUAUACCAGUGGAAACUAUAAUAGAAGCUGCGGCGCAGUGCAUAUCAAAUAUAAAUCCCAAUCUUAAAGUGCCAAUAAAAUUACCAACUGGUGUUUCGCAGAGAAUAGGAGUGGCUACACAAAUUGCAACCUCUUGCAAGGAAUUGGGCUACAAAAAUGAUGUUGGCUAUCAAACAUUCCUAUACUACAAUGAGACUGAACUCCGACAAGUAUUUAUGUUCUUAAUUGAAAAGUUACCCAGUGAAGAUAAAAAACCUAAUGUGAAAGUUGUCCCUUCUAAUAAGAAACAAGAGCUCUUGCAACAAAUUAGUUUAAAAAUAGCUGAAGAUCUUAACACUAUGUGGAUUCCGCCUUGCUGUAAAAACCCUAUAAAAAUGUCAUUUGGUGACUACAUUUAUCGAAAAGAAAAAGGAAUUCACAAAAAGCCGGAUGACAACAUUCUUAUUGAAAAAUUAAAAUGCUUGCAAAACAUAAAAAUUGAGAAUGCACCUAUAAUUGACCAUACAAAUCUGGAUAGAAAUUUAAAUAAUGAAAUUCAAACAAAGAAAAAAAUUAAAGAAAGCCUUAAAGAAUUGAAGGAGACAACAAUUCAAUUGAAACAAAAAUUGGAUAUGCUUACCAGUGAAAGAAAUGUAAUGGAGGUUGAAUUUUCUCAGGCUCAGAAAAGCUGUGAACGUGUAGAAUCAGACUUGCGGAACAUAGAGAAUGUGCUAAAGAGUGUUGGUAUUACUGACAUUCACUCGGAAAAUUCGGUUGAUAAUCUUUUGCAAGUUGUUCAUAAAAAUAUAAAUAAGAUGCAUUGUAAGGUGGAGGACUUAACUUCCAAAAAUCUGUCUUUGAAAGUUGAUAUAGAGAAGUUAAAAACUGAAAAAGACUGUUCACAACUGUCGGAGAGAAAUAAUUGUAAAAAACAUCUUAUGGAUUUAAAAGAAAAAGCUAAAGGUGUUAAAGAUGAAUGUGAGAAAAAAGAAGAGUUAAGAAUCCAAUUAAAGGCAAAAUAUGAAAAAAUGAAGGGGGGUAAUAAAAGAUAUAUUUAUACCAAAAGAAUUUUAGAAAUAAUUGGUAAUGUGGACAAACAAAAUAUGGAAAUAAAAAAGGUAUUAGAAGAUACAAGACAUUUACAAAAAGAAAUAAACAGUCUCGAGGGUCAACUGGGAAGGUGUUUCUCCAUUGCAGAUGAGACUCUUUUUAAGGAUGCUAAAAAGGAUGAUCAAGCAAAGAAGGCCUACAAACUACUAGCAUUAUUGCAUUCUGAAUGCAAUACAAUUGUAUCACUUGUUAAUGAAACUGGAACUCUUGCAAGGGACAUUGUAGAUUUAGAAGAUAAUAUAAAAACAGAAAAAUCAAAGCGAACUGAAAAUAUACUUCAAAAAAUUCAAGUAGAUUUAGCUAAUUUACAAAAAGAAUCAAAUUAAAAAUGAAUAAAAUAUGUAUUUAAGACAUAACAACUGCUUGGAAUGUAGAAUAUAGAUAUAAAAAAAUUAUAAAAACUAAUUAAUUGCUUACAUACAUUAAAGAAACUGUCCUAAAGUCAUCAACAGUUUCUGAAUGGAUUGUUUCUAUUUUUAUUUCUGUGAUGAGCCGAUAAGAGUAAGCCCCACAUUAAAGUAUCUCAAGCUUGUGCUCGAUACUCAAUGGACAUUUAAGGAUCACUUACCCCGAAGCUCGCUACCAUGGGGCUAUGGCAUUCUGAUUAAUGCUAAAUCUUGGGGUGAGUCUGGGGUGUCGCCGGUUAUUUCCAGGUGUGUGGAGGUACUCUACGGAUGCCCCAUUUGGGCCUACUGUCCCCAUUCGCUCAAAACAUGGCGAUUCUGAGACAGUCGCAACGGCCAAUGACCAUAACGGUGGAAUGGGCGUACUGCACCGUCUUUUGCGAGGCGGCAUGUUUUAUUGCAGGAACCUGGCCCUUGGCACCUCGAAGCGGCUGCCUUAGCUAUAAACAUAAACAGUCCGAGACGGGAAGCCCAAGUGACCGUGCUUCAGAAAUAGA